AUGGAGAAAAAUAUAAUUUAUGAGAAUCCGAAAAAAGAUGAAAACUGUGAUAAAAAUAAAGACAGUAAUAAUGGCGAGGAUGUUAUAAAACAGGACAAUUUAAAGGAUGCCAUUGAAAUUCAUGGAAAAAAAAUAAACGAUUUAAAACGUAUCAAAAAAAGGAAAAAUAAGAAAAAUAAAAAUAAGAAAAGUAAAAAUAAUGAAAGUAAAAAUAAUGAAAGUAAAAAUAAUGAAAGUAAAAAUCAUGAAAGCAAAAAUGUAGGAAAAAACAAGGGAAAUGGAAAAGGCGAACAAAUUAAUUCCAUAGUUAAUUUUUUGAAAAAAAACGAAGCAGAGCGUGUUCAAAAAGAGGACAUUAAAGAAGUGGGGGAAAAAAAAAAAAAUUCAUCUUUGGAAACUAAUCCACAAAAAAAAGAAAAAGCGAAAGCAAAAAAGAAUGAUAAUACAGACAUUGAAGAGCAAAAUGAUCGAACAGUAUUCGUGGGCAACAUACCUUUAAAUGAUGUAAGCAAUUUGAAGUUGCUAAAAAUAUUAGGAAUUAACAAAUCAUUAGUUGAAUCGAUAAGAUUUAGAUCAUUGCCUUUGGAAGAAAAAUAUGCAAAUAAAAAGAAACUUGGAAUAAUGUUAAAAAAAUUUACGGAUGUAAAGGACAACAAAAAUGCAUUAAUACGAAUGAAAAGGAAAGAGGAUAUUUCCUUACUUUUGGAUAAAAAUGGAACUGUAUAUAAUGGACAUGUUUUACGAAUAAAUAAAUGUGGUGAUCAAAACUAUUUUAGUAGAAAAAAAUCAGUAUGUCUUAAAAAUUUAGAUAGGAGUUUAAGCGAAAAGGAUUUGUAUGAAUUAUUUAAGGACAUUGAUGAAAUAAAAGGUGUUCGUAUAUUAAGAGAUGUAGAAAAUAGUCAAUCAAGGGGUGUUGCUUUCAUAUUAUUUAAGAACAGAGCUUCUGUUAAAACGGCUAUAAAAAUGUUUAAUGGAAAAGAAAUAAAAGAUAGAGUUAUUACUGUUGAAAAACUAUUAAAGGAAAAAGAAAAUGAUAAAAAUUACAAAUCAAAGAAUGAUUUUAAAAAAAGCGAGGCAAAAAAUUUUAAAAAUUUUAAACAAAAAAAUCAAAACCGUUUUAAACAGCCCCCAAAAUAA